CUUUGAAUUUCCACCUCUGCUCUCCAGGAUCCAGGUAUAAGAUGAAAGCUUUCGGUUUUGCCUUUGGUCUGUUCUUCGCUGUGGGUUUUCUCCUCUGGACUCCUUUGACUGGGCUCAAGACUCUGCAUUUGGGAAGCUGUGUGAUCACUUCAAACCUCCAGGCAAUACAAAAGGAAUUUUCUGACAUUCGGGAUAGUGUGCAAGCCGAAGAUGAAAACAUAGACAUCAGAAUCUUAAGGACAACUGAGUCUCUGCAAGACACAAAGCAUUCGGAGAGGUGCUGUUUGCUCCGACAUUUAGUGAGACUCUAUCUGGACAGGGUAUUCAAAUUCUACCAGACCCCUGACCGCCGCAUCCUCCGAAAGACCAGCAGCCUCGCCAAUUCUUUUCUUCUCAUCAAGAAGGAACUCUCGAUCUGUCAUUCCCGUAUGGCAUGCCAUUGUGGGGAAGAAGCAAUGAAGAAAUACAACCAGAUUCUGAGUCACUUCAUAGAGCUUGAACUUCAGGCAGCGGCAGUAAAGGCGCUGGGGGAACUCGGCAUUCUCCUGAGGUGGAUGGAGGAGAUGAUGUAGACGAAAGUGAUGAGGCUGCCGAGAACACUCCUACCCAAGAGUCCCAGUCCUCAGCACUGCGAAGACAUGGCCCCAGAGGCCACUGAGAGCAUUGCUACCCAAGAGUGUCUGUCCUUAGUACCAUGAAGACAUGACCUCAAACCACCACCUCUU